GGCUGCCGCAGAUUCGACGGGGUGGUGACAGCGGACGGUCUGCGCUAUCGGAGAGGUGCGACCCUUCAAGACUGAACGAUCCAGGGGUCCGCAGCCCUUCUGGCUCAAGACUGACGGGCGCAGCGCGGGCCCCUCGGGGCCGAUCCGCGACACCGAACCAGCCGAACACUCUCUUCACUCGCGCGGCAUGUCGCCGCAGAGGGUGCCAACCGCCCUCUUGGCGCUCCUGCUCGUCGGCGGCGCCCCCCGCUCGGCCGCCAUCGGCGUGCCCGGCGUGGAGCCAGCAGGCCAGCAGUUGACGUCCAAGCGCGUCGGGGCGUCGUAUUCCGCCGUGUCCGGCAGCUACUGGGGCCAGGCCACGGGGGCCUGGGGGGGGUUCACCAGGGACAAGACCGUGUACUGUCUGGCGGAGUCGACGACGCUGCAGCUUGCCGGAGAUAAUUCUUGGCACGCGAUGGGCACCACGUGCUGCGACGGCUCGGGUUCGGGAUCUCGCCCCGGCUGCAGAACCGGGUCUUACAGCACUGCCGUGUCGCACUGCUCGGCCUAUGGGCUGCGCCUGUGCACCCUAUCGGAGCUCCAGGGCGGCGCAGGCGAGGCCCACGGGUGCAGCUUCGACGACGGCCUCGUGUGGAGUUCCGACGGCUGCGGCGCCGCGACGCCCAGCCCGACGCCCUACCCGACGCCCAGCCCGACGCCCUACCCGACGCCUGGCCCGACGCCCAGCCCGACGCCCUACCCGACGCCCAGCCCGACGCCCUACCCGACGCCUGGCCCGACGCCCAGCCCGACGCUCGACCCGACGCCCAGCCCGACGGCCACCGUUCCCGC